AUGACCCGUCCCGCUUCGCCCUCGUCUGCGACCAAGGUCCCGCCGGCCGCCGACACCGCGAAUCCGGCCCUGGGCGAGCAAUACAAGGACACCGCGGCCACGACCGAGAUCGCGCAAACUGCGUCGACAGAGACUGUCGUCAACGCAGUCGAAGUCAAAACGGAGGAGAUCGAGCCCGACCUCAAUGUAGGACGCACCCGCUCGGGCCGUCGUCCCUCGGCGUCGAAGAAAAGAGCUUCCAAGCCCAAGGGCAAGAAGACCCAUAGACGCGACCGGAAGCCUCCGGCUGAAACCGAGGAUGAGCUCCACGUCCCCAGCUCGUCUGAGGCCUCCGCCAAGUCCCCGCCGCACGCUACGCACCGCCUCACCAGCGACACACGCAAACGUCGCCGAGUGUCCACCGACACCGGCGACCACGACGAGAACGCCGGAACCGUCAACCGCGUCCAGGCCUCACCGUCUCCGACUCCCCGCGACGCACUUCACGCUGUCGACGAGGCCAUCGUCAUUCUCUCGUCCCCGUCUAUCGGCGAUGACAACCGCACUGACCCUCCCGCUAUCACAACCUCGGACAUCGAGCCGGAGGAUGUAAUCAUGCGAAGUCUCGAUGACAACGGUCCUCCUGCCCUUAGCCCUCAGAGACCUCCCUCCGCACCUCCCACCGCUCGACGACUUACCGCGACUCGCCCCCUCGACGCACGGACCACUACCCUCUUCCUUGCGCAAGGCGACGUCACCUCUCCCGCUCUCUACGCACCUGAGACGACUGAUGCAUCGUGUACCCGCGCUACCGCGACCGAGAAAGGAAAAACGGUGCUCCGCCAACCGGUGGACGGCCCAUCUCGCUUCCCGUACGAUGACGCUGCUGACGGCCCGCCCCCCCUUGUUCGCUCUCCCUCUAUCCUCCACCCCCGGCCUGUACACUUUGCCCCCGGCCCUUUCCACAACGCACAUCCUGGCUCGAUUGCCCCGCUCGCACCCGCUCCCGCUCCUAACCAACCCCCAGCGGCACCUGCUGGACCUAUCGCCCCGCUCGCGCAUGCGCCUGGUCUGCCGCCAGCGCGCAUGAUGACACGCACUCCCCCGGGCGGGUGGCAUGCGAUCCAAGGCGACGAUCUCGAUUGGGCCUACCGUAACAUCCUACAAUCGCAGAUCGACGAGUGGGACCUCGAAGAAGGUGAAUCGAUCUUUAUCCACUUCUUAGGACAGGGCAGCGAGGACAAAGGCCAACAUGGCCGUCUAACGAUGGCAGAAAACAUCUUCCACUCGCGUCUGAAAGCCCCGAACGCGAGGAUCACACAGCCCAUCGCUGCGGUCAAACCCACGACGCCGAACGCCAAGCCCUGGUUCUAUCGCGUCAGCAACCUCACAAUUGAGCAACGCAUCGAGUUCUCGCGCCGCCCCUUCAUAUCCACCACUGACGGCACCAUUGGCGUCUUCACCACAUCGCGCAUCCCCCCAACCUUCAUCGGUGGCUGGUGGCACCCAGAACGCCUCGGUAAGACUGACGAGGAGAUCGUCGCCGGUUUCCUGAAAGGCCUCACCUCAAAGGAGAUAUACGACUUGACUCGCUCGCUCAUCGCGGUCGACAUCGGCACAGACGGCCGGUGGCGCCACCUCACCGUCGACGACGCCCAUCGCCUCGUUCUCAAAUCCCUCCGAGUGCGCCAGAUCCGGGUACGAGUCGGACGCGACGAGACCGAUGAGGAGCCCGUUGUACUCCUCUAUAUUGAGUCGCCCACCGCCGAUGCAAAUGGCUGGCAAGCGUUCCGCUCGCGCCUCCGUGAGUUCGCAUUUGGCGGGAAAUACGCUGGCCCGCCUACGCUCGUGACGCAGGCUUUCUUCUGUCUGUAUUGCCACAGCACUGAUCACCCGCCUAACUCCUGCACUCUCCCUACGACACCUGGCUGGCAUGGCCCAUCCAUGGACCAGGUCCGUGAAACGAUCGCCGGCGCACGUCGCGCCAUGGAGGCUGAACAGCGUGCUGAACAGCGAGCAAACAGUGGUGGACGAGGAGGCCGUGGCGGCCGCGGCGGUCGUGCGCGUGGAAAUGGACCCCGCGGUCGUCGAAACGGCGCCGGGGCACGACGUGGCUCGCACAAUGACUACGCCUAG